UCACACAAAUGUUCUAAAUUUUUAUAUAUAUAUAAAUGAAAAUAAGCCAAAGAGAGUGCCUAAGACUAUAAAUUUUAUAAUUAGAAAAAAAAAAAAAAAAUUUAAAUAUGUCGGUGUAGAGGCUUGGUUGCAAUUUACAGUCACUCUUGUUCGGUGGGUGAUGCUGCCGUUGUUGAAGGUGGUGGAGGAGGAACUCAAAUCUCCUUCAUCUCUCUUUUUCUCUCUCCUCACUUCCGCCAUUGAUCAAUGGCGCAAAACCACCAUUACAACCCAACCUCCAAGAAACCCUCAACCCCAUUCUCUCUAACUCUAACCUCUUUCCUCUUCUUAUCUCUCCUCUGCUUCGCCUCUCUCCUCCUCGCUUUCUCUCUCUUCCCCUUUUCAUCUCUUUCUUCUCAAACCCCCCAAUUUCACCCAUCAUCAGAACCCUGCGAUUUCACUGAUGGGAAUUGGGCUUACGAUCCUACUGUUAGAUCUGUUCGAUAUGAUCACACUUGCAAGGAGAUUUUCAAGGGUUGGAAUUGCAUUUUGAAUAAUAAAUCCAAUGCUUUUGAGAUUUCUAAGUGGAGAUGGAAGCCCAGAAAUUGUCAUCUUCCCCCUUUUGAUGCUCGAAGAUUUCUUGAAUUGUUUAGGGAUACUAGUAUAGGAUUUAUAGGUGAUUCAUUGAAUAGAAAUAUGUUUGUGUCUCUGUUUUGCAUGCUGAGGCAAGUAUCAAGUGAUGUGAAGAAGUGGCACCCAGCUAAAGCAGAUCGAGGGUUUACUUUUCUUCAGUACAAUCUUACUAUUGCUUAUCACCGUACUUAUCUAUUAGCACGUUACGGUAGGUGGUCACCUAAUACCAAAGGUGGAGCUCUAGAAUCUCUUGGAUAUAAUGAUGGGUACCGAGUUGAUAUUGAUGUCCCCGAUAGCAAAUGGGCUGAAGCUCCUAGCUUCCAUGAUGUUGUCAUCAUUAAUACUGGACACUGGUGGUGGGCUCCCUCAAAGUUUGAUCCAGUAAAGUCACCUAUGCUCUUUUUUGAGAAAGGAAUGCCUAUACUGCCUCCAGUAUCUCCUGAUGUCGGUCUGGAUAUGGUCCUGAAACAAAUGAUAUCAUAUGUGGAGAGCAAAAUGCGACCUGGUGCAAUAAGAAUAUUCCGCACACAAUCCCCCAGACAUUUUGAGGGAGGCGACUGGGACCAUGGUGGUUCUUGCCCGCGCUCAAAGCCUUUGUUAUCACAAGAAGUUGAAGAACUUUUCAACGUGGAAAAUAACGGAACAAAUGUUGAGACACGCCUUGUCAACCAUCACUUGUACAAGACCCUUAAAGGAUCCAGUUUCUUUGUUUUGAACAUAACCCAUAUGAGUGAAUAUAGAGCAGAUGCCCAUCCCUCAAAAGCUGGUGGAAAGAGGCAUGAUGAUUGCAUGCAUUGGUGUUUACCUGGCCUUACAGAUACAUGGAACGAUUUAUUUGCUGCAUACUUGAAUUUUGUAAAAGAUCAUAGCUAGUUCAUUCUAUUUAUUGGUAGUUUUGUUGAUAUAUAUUGUUCAUUAUCAAUCUCUAGGCCCAAUCACCCCCUCAUUAGCCACUGAGGCACUGAGUCUUUAUAUCCCACUGAGUCUGGUUAGAGGGGGAUAACCUAAAAUUCCCUGUCUGUUUUGGCCAUUAAGCUACUUUGGGUUCAAGCUAUAAGAAGGUAUUCGAAGCCUUGA